CUGGCACCGGGGAGGGGGGGUUUCAGGAGGUGUGCGCAUUUAGCGGCGCUCCUCCUCUGUGAGUCAACCUGCUCUCCUUCCUUAUUACUCUUCCGCAGUCGCACUGCUGCUGCCAUUUUUCUCCGCCGCCUGUUUCCUUCACACAUCAGAAGCAAAAUGGCAUCUGGAGUGAAAGUUUGCGAUGAGGUGAAGGACAUCUUUAAUGAAAUGAAGGUAGUGAAAGCUGAUUCGGACCCAAAAGAGAGAAUACGGUUCGUGCAGCUGGAAAUAGCCGACGGUUACAUUAAAAUUGCCAAGAUCCACCGGGAAAAAUGCCUGGAAGGUCAGGACAUCUACCAGUUCUUCCUGCAACUGCUGAAACCUAAGGUGUGCGGCUACCUGCUGUAUGACUGUCACUUCAACACCUCUGAAACCGGCGUAAAACAGGAGCUUGUCUUUGUCAUGUGGGCUCCUGAAGAUGCACCGAUCAAAAAGAAGAUGGAGUACGCCUCAUCUAAAGACGCCUUGAAGAAAACCAUAGGAGGUACGAAACACGAGAUGCAGAUCAAUGAAUUGGCGGACUGCAAUAACAGGGACCAAUUUGCACAAAUGCUGGGGAAGAAUUUAACCCACCUUGAGGGUGUGCCUGUGAGGUGUUAGUAGGUGUAAGAGUUGUACAGAGUCUUUCUUCUGUUCCAUAACCAGAUACACUUAAGGAAAAUGAUGGCUUUGUCUUUUCUGCUCGGUUAAACAAAGCUUAAAAGAUGGUUUUUGGACUCUGAAUCAGAUUUCUAUAACACAAAUCUCAGCCAGUGCCCUGCUAAGCUGCCCAGUUAUAUGCCCUUGUGUUCAUCCUGAGUUCCACGCAAAAUAUGUGGAAGGUUGUAAAUGCAUGUUCUUUAAAUCACCCUCGUAUUCCAUCAGAGACCACUCAUGUAUCUUGAUUUGAUUCAUUCCAUGCACCUUUAUGCUGUAAAAUAUUCUGGACAGUUAUUAUGGUUUAUAUAUGGGCCUACAAACAUGACAAAUCUGUUCUAGACUGUUACACCUGCGUAGAUGGCUGUAAAGAGUAGUUUGACAAAGAGAAAAAACAAUGUUUGCAGUUGUUGCACUGCAUUUUGUCAAAUAAAUUCAAUGCAACCAUA